UCAGUCACAAAUCGGCCAUUUUGCACGGUCGCAGUUGCGUUGCAGUUUCAAGUUGCUUUGCGUUCAAGGUGUUUAUUUACUUACCCCGUGGCCCGUGGUUAUUUUGUUUAUUUCAAAAUGAGUGACCAACAACUGAAUUUAAAACUUGUUAAGGAGAUAGAGAAACACGAAGAACUCUACAAUUAUACCCUUCCUGCGUAUUCAAGAAGAGACGUGGUAGAGGAAGCAUGGCAAGAAGUGGCUUUCAAAAUGAAUAUGUCAGCUACCAAGUGCAAGCACAGGUGGCGCAAUAUUCGAACCGUUUUAAUGCGGAAAAUGAAGCACCCUUCAAAUGGAUCCGGAGCAAGGAAAAAGGCGUACUAUUUGGAAACAGCCAUGCAAUUUUGUUUGCCAUUUAUAAAAUCAGUUUCUUCCUCGUCUGGAUAUUUGCCGCCAGUAAAACUUCCCCCAACCGAUGAUAAUAAAGGUGAUGAAAUCACCGAAUUAUAUUGGUCUGGUAGUGACUCAAUGACGGACGAUAUCUCCCGCCCGGCACAAUCCGCACAAGAAUCUCCUACAGGACCAUCACCCUGCAACUCCCCGGACCUUUCACAACCUGGACCUAGUGGUUCGGAGCAACAGGAAAAAUCCUCAUUGCGCACUCGAGAUUCAAAGAAAAAGUUGACAAAGAGAAUAUCAGCAGCAGCACUCGCAGAUGAAUCCGUCGUCGACUAUUUCAGAGCUAAGAAAACGAAAAUGCAACAGACCGUGGGAGAAACUAUGCGACAUAAAAUUGACAGGCAGGAGGGUCUCAAAAUGUUCCUGCUCAGCAUCUUACCGGAACUGGAAGAACUGAACGAAUCGCAAAUCAAAUAUUUUAAACGCCGAGUCUUAGCUCUUAUUGAUGAGAUAUCACCUCCGCCCCAGAAUCUAUUGCAGAAUUCAUCUCAGAAUCAACAACAGGUGUCAACCUUUCAUUCCAUAAAGCUCUCACCACAGUGUAAUACAGCGUACAUUUCGGAAAAUUCGGAAGAUACGUAAAUGUCGACGUGAUGCAUGCAAUAGACUAUUAGAUAACAGAUCUACAUAAAUAAAUAAAACAAAAAUUACCUCAGCAUGAUCAAUAGUCUUUCUCCUGCAGGCACAAAUAUCCUCAGUUCCUGUGCACCUACGAAUAGUCUAGAAUUCAGAUUAUAAUAUAAUAAAAUAUAAUUAUUAUAAAAUUGUUUUAUCUUCAAUGAUUGCCACAUUAUUUACAGGCAACGGCCAUACCACAAUGAAUACGCCAGUUCUCGUCCGAUCACUGCAGCUAAGCAUUAUUGGGCGCGGUUAGUACUUGGAUGGGUGACCGCUUGGGAAUACCGCGUGUCGUUGCCCCCCUUUUUUUUAAUUCUUUUUAUUUAUUGUAUUAUUGAAAUAAUUGUUUUAUCAUCAACGAUUAUCACAUUAUUUACAGGCAACGGCCAUACCACAAUGAAUACGCCAGUUCUCGUCCGAUCACUGCAGCUAAGCAUUAUUGGGCGCGGUUAGUACUUGGAUGGGUGACCGCUUGGGAAUACCGCGUGUCGUUGCCCC